CAGGCUUGCAGCCCUACUCCGAGGUUCUCCCGCCAAAAAAUCAAGUAACCCCCUGUGUCCUCUUAAUAUGCGCCGAAUGCGAAACACGCAGUCCCCUCCCCCCCAGCCCCAGGUAAGUGGAACACAACUGAAUCUUGUAGUAGAAUAACAAUAUUGAGCUCAAAAUCAAAGUCCAAACCCGUCAUUGUCUCAGGAAACAUGUCUCUCUCUACUGUGAAUCUCCCUCCCCUCCUCUUCUUCUUCUACUUUCCCUUCUUCUCUUUCUCUCUCCCGAUCUCCGGCCAGCCCUCAAAUCCGGCCGUAGGCGUCACCUACAACAGUGGCGCUACUCAUCUUCACCGCCCAGAACGCGUUGCUACUGUACUUCAUUCACUCAAUCUCGAACGCGUCAGAAUCCAGGUGCCAAACCCGGACGUCAUCCGUGCCUUCUCGUACUCAGGCAUCUCUCUUCUCCUCUCCAUCCCGAACUCCCUGAUCCCGGAAAUGGCUUCGAAUCAGUCCAACGCCCAGCGUUGGCUCUCCGACCACGUCUUUCCCUUCUAUCCACGCUCCCGCAUCACCACCAUCUCCGUUGGCAACGACGUCCUCGACUCCUCGCCCCGCCUCGCCAAUUUUCUUCCACAUGCAAUGCGGAACGUCCACGAAGCACUCCAUAAGCUCGGCAUUCGCAAGGUCUCUGUCUCCACGACCUUUUCCUUCGGCAACGCAAUCACUACAGCAUUUCCUCCCUCUGCGGCUCAGUUUCAAGAAUCCAUCACGGAGUCGCUGGUGAAGCCGGUUCUGGAUUUCCUAGCUGCAACCAAUUCCUCCUUCUUGAUCAAUCUCUAUCCGUACAAAUUGUAUCGCUCGGACCCUGAGAUUCCGAUAGGGUUUGCAUUAUUCCAAGAGCAGCCCUUCAAUUUUCGUGAUGAUAUGAUGUCCGGAGUUCGGUACCGUAACCUCUUCGACGUGAUGGUCGAUGCAGUGAUCAGUGCGAUGGAAUUGGCAGGCUAUAUGGAUAUACCGGUGAUUGUGACGGAAACAGGAUGGCCGACUCGUGGUGGAGCAAACGAAGUGGAGGCGAGCAUGACCUAUGCGGAAAUGUACGUGGACGGACUGGUGCGGCAUCUGAAGGCGGGGAUAGGAACACCACUGCGAAGAGAAGGAGUUGCGGAGACGUACGUAUUUGAGUUGUUCGAUAAGGAUACGGAGCAAGGAGGAGCCGAGUCAGAGUACCAGUGGGGAAUUCUGUAUCCAAAUAUGACGAAGAAGUAUGGGUUCGACUUCUCUGGUUCAGUAAGAGUUGGUGGAAUUGAUGGUGUGCUCAUAAUCCUUCUAGCUUGCUGGUUGUUGUUGAGUCUUGAGUGGAAAAGAUGACUCGUGCAUGUAGUCCUUUCUUCCGUUAACAGAAUAAUCGAUCGAUCGAAUGCCACGGAUACCAUAGUCUCCAUUCUAUUACUGUUGUGUAGAGAGGAAACAGAAUGAAUGACUGAAGCAAACAUAACUAUGUACAGUGCAAAUACAAGCUUUAGAAAUACAGUAUACAAGGUUUUGCACCAACUCUUCCCAAACUUUAUUUUUUUCAAACGCUACAAAAUUGGAUCUUUGCUUCCCGGCAGUAGUGGAUGCAAUUUCAUGUUUUGAACCUGGUCAGUGUAUCUCUUGAAGAGAGAGAGAGAGAGAGAGAGAGAGAGAAAGAGAGUGAGUCGGUGUAUUCUGAUUUACUUUUGCUUUUGCCUUACUUUGUUUAUCUGCAUUGCAAUAAAACCCAAAGCAGAAGCGAAGCAAAAUUUGCAUCCUUAUCAUUUGCACUCU